AUGGGGCCAGCUGCUGGGAAGCCGACCCGGACUGGGACGUGGGCCAGCCCUGGGCUUGUGCUCGCUCUGAUUGGCUUGGGCCUCCUGGGCCAGGCAACAGCCACCCAUUGGGGAGCAGAUAAAAGCACCACUGGCUGCAGGGAGACCCAGACUCAGCCGGAAGCGCAGCCCCUGGGGAAGAGAAGGGCACCGCCAACCCGCCAAGAAGGACGGCCAGCGCCUCCGCUUGUCCCGAGGAACCCAGGUGAGGUGAGGAUGCUCCUGCUCUGGACUUGGUUGCCGGUCCUGGCUCUCCUGGCCAGCUGCGGAGGGGCCCAGGAGUGCAGGCCACCGCCCGGAGCGCCUCGGGCCAAGAACGUGGCGCUGGGCCGCCCGGCCGUGCAGUCCUCCACCUUCGCGCGCCGCAUCUCCGGAAGGGCGUCCAAAGCCGUGGACGGCAACUGCUCCGGGUUCUGGCGCCGCGGCUCCUGCACCCAGAGCAGGCUGCAGAAGGAGCCCUGGUGGGCGGUGGACCUGGGCGCGCAGUACAGCGUCUCCACCGUGGUGGUGAAGAACCGGCAGGACUGCUGCAGCAAGCGGCUGCAGGGGGCCCAGGUCUACGUGGGAGACGCGGUGGCGGACCGCAAGGACCCCUCCCGCCUCUGUGGGACCAUCCUCAACACCACCCCGGGCUCCAUCACAACCAUCUACUGCAACGGGCUGAAGGGCCACCUUGUGAUCGUCAGCAUCUCGGGCCGACCGGAGAGCCUGUCACUGUGCGAGGUGGAAGUGUACGGCAACAAGCAGGAGCCCACGCCGUGCUGCAAGCCGGGGGGGGCACCGCAGUGAAGGGGGCUCCCAAUA